AUGAAGCACUUCAUGAUGCCAAGAAACGCUGUCUUGCGGGAUAUCGGAGAGCCGCAAUCGCCAAACCCUAGCUUGACGAAAUCCAAGACCCAAAGGAAGAUUAGAUCCGCCAAAGAGAAUGCUCCACCUCCGGAUCUGAACCCUUCGAUGCCUGAUUAUAGGUCGUCUCCGGCGAAACUGAAAUCUCCACUGCCUCCGCGUCCGCCGUCGGCUAAUCCUCUUAAACGGAAGCUUAUCGCGGAAGCUGCGGCGGAGAAUGGAGUACUAGCUGGGGUUUCAGAUUCUGGUGUCAAGGUUAUAGUCAGAGUGAAGCCUCCAAGCAAAGGUGAGGAAGAUGAGAUGAUAGUAAAAAAGAUCUCAAGCGAUGCCCUCACGAUUAAUGAACAUACUUUCACGUUUGACUCAAUUGCUGACCCGGACUCAACACAGGAUGAAAUCUUUCAGCUUGUGGGAGCCCCUCUUGUAGAAAACUGUCUGGCUGGAUUUAAUAGUUCUGUUUUUGCCUAUGGACAGACUGGUAGUGGGAAAACGUAUACCAUGUGGGGUCCUGCAAACGGGUUGUUGGAAGAGCACCUUAGUGGUGAUCAAAGAGGUUUGACUCCGCGUGUCUUUGAACUGCUCUUCGCCCGUAUCAGUGAGGAGCAAGUGAAACACGCUGAAAGGCAGCUCAACUACCAGUGUCGUUGUUCAUUUCUCGAGAUAUACAAUGAGCAAAUAACAGAUCUUUUGGAUCCGAGCCAGAAAAACCUGAUGAUUAGAGAAGAUGUCAAGUCUGGUGUUUAUGUUGAAAAUCUGACUGAGGGAUACGUGAAAAACUUGAAGGAUUUAUCACAGCUUCUGAUUAAGGGCUUGGCAAACAGAAGGACGGGUGCAACAAGUGUAAAUGCAGAGAGUUCAAGGUCGCAUUGUGUAUUUACUUGUGUUGUUGAGUCCCACUGCAAGAGUGCUGCAGAUGGUCUAAGCAGCUUCAAAACAAGUAGAAUUAAUCUUGUUGAUCUGGCUGGUUCCGAAAGACAAAAAUCAACUGGUGCAGCAGGAGAACGUUUGAAGGAAGCUGGGAAUAUCAAUCGAUCACUUUCUCAACUUGGGAAUUUGAUAAACAUUCUAGCAGAAAUUUCACAAACAGGGAAGCAAAGGCAUAUACCCUACAGAGAUUCCAGGUUGACAUUUCUGUUGCAGGAGUCUCUUGGUGGGAAUGCCAAAUUAGCUAUGGUUUGUGCAGUUUCUCCCUCGCAAAGUUGUAGGAGUGAAACCUUCAGCACCUUGAGAUUUGCUCAGCGUGCAAAGGCGAUACAAAACAAGGCAGUUGUCAAUGAAGUAAUGCAGGAUGAUGUUAAUUUCUUGCGGGAAGUGAUACGCCAGCUGAGGGACGAACUGCAAAGGGUGAAGGAUAAUAAAAACAACCCAACCAACCCAAAUGCAGCUUAUACCACUUCAUGGAAUGCGCGUAGAAGUUUGAGUUUGUUAAGAAGCUUUGGCCUGGGUCACCCAAAGUCAUUACCCCAUGGAGAUGAUGAUGGGGAUACUGAGAUGGAAAUUGAUGAAGAGGCUGUUGAAAGACUAUGUGCUCAAAUGGGCUUGCAAUCAUCUCCACCUGGUGAGGAGAUCAAUCAGAACUUGACCAGAGUAGAGAAAAUAAACUCAUCCUUACAAACUGUGGCCCUUAAGUCAUCUGAAGGCCAAUCUACAGGAAAGCAGUUUCCUGAUGAUACAGAUGUUAACAUGGAGGACGCAAUUUGCCAAACUGAGAACCAUGGGGCAGCAACUACUGAUAAUGUAUUAUCUGUGGCAGAAACUGGCAUCAUCACAGAUCGGAGCAACGUAGCUGUGCAAACUAUGGAUCAUGAUUCGAGUGUACAGCCUGCUUUGAUAACUGAUUCUUGUAUGAGCGACAUAAACCAUGGCAAUUCACCAAGCAAGGCGGACAGUGUUCAAUCAUGCCAAGACUUGGUCCCCGAAACUCUUGUUUCUGCAGUUGCAUCAGUAGCUGCUACUUCAGAUGAUAACGAACACUUCUCAGUAAAUCCUGUGUCACCUUGCCUCAGCAUAGAUCCAGAAAGUGUUUCUCCUGUACUAAUACCUCCCAUGGAGAGCGUCUCUCCUAGGGUUAGACAUAGCAGGAAAAGCUUGAGGACAUCAUCAAUGUCCACCGCAUCACAAAAAGAUAUUGAGAAAGAGAACCAAUUAACUACAGAAGUUGUGGAACCUUCUUCGGCGAUGUUAAAUCUCUCGAGUGCGUUGUCUACACAGAAAAGUGGAGCUUUACCUGUGCCAACUAAGCAAUUGGCGGCUAGCCUCCACAAAGGCAUGAAACUUCUUGACUGUUAUCGCCAGAGUACUGCUCAAAGACGAUCGACAUUCAGGUUAUCCUACAGAGCUCCAGAAUGCAAGCCUUCAACCGUUUUAAGUAAGGCUGAUGUAGGUGUGCAAACAUAUCCCGAAGCUGAAGAGAACCUCAAAGAAAUACUGUGCAGUAAAUGCAAAUGCAUAGCAGAAUGUGAUGCCCAAGAAACAAGUGACAGUUCAAAUUUCCAGUUAGUACCUGCUGAGAACUCAGAAGCUCCAGAAAAAUCCCAUUUUCAAGUUCCUAAGGCAGUGGAAAAGGUUCUAGCAGGGUCUAUCAGAAGAGAAAUGGCUCUGGAAGAGUUCUGCACUAAGCAAGCCUCUGAAAUAUCACAGCUUAAUCGGCUGGUGCAACAGUACAAACAUGAGAGAGAGUGCAAUGCCAUCAUAGGACAAACAAGGGAGGACAAGAUUGUUCGCCUUGAAAGCCUCAUGGACGGUGUGUUAUCUAAAGAUGAUUUCCUGGAUGAAGAAUUUGCAUCUCUCAUGCAUGAGCAUAAGCUUCUGAAGGACAUGUAUGAGAACCACCCUGAAGUAUUGCAGACGAGGAUUGAGAUGAAAAGACUGCAAGACGAGCUCGAAAGUUUCAAGAACUUCUAUGGUGACAUGGGAGAAAGGGAAGUAUUACUGGAAGAGAUUCAGGACUUAAAGGCUCAGCUACAAUGCUACACUGACCCUUCUCUUGCAUCAUCUCGGAAAAGAGGUUCACUGCUUGGACUGACAUACACUUGUGACCCUAAUCAGGCUCCACCACUUAAUACCAUUCCUGAGUCAAUGGACGAGAGUCCUGAGAAGACAUUAGAACAGGAAAGGCAUUGUUGGACUGAAGCAGAGAGCAACUGGAUCUCUCUUGCUGAGGAAUUAAGAACUGAGCUUGAUACCAAUAGGGUGCUAAUGGAAAAGCAGAAACGUGAACUGGAUACGGAGAAAAGAUGUGCGGAAGAGUUGAAGGAAGCAAUGCAGAUGGCAAUGCAAGGGCAUGCACGGAUGAUUGAACAAUAUGCAGACCUGGAAGAGAAACAUAUACAAUUGCUUGCAAGGCAUAGGAGGAUCCGAGAAGGAAUAGACGAUGUUAAAAAAGCAGCAGCCAGAGCAGGAGUCAAGGGAGCAGAGUCCAGAUUCAUCAACGCACUUGCCGCAGAAAUUUCAGCUUUGAAGGUGCAAAGAGAGAAGGAGGCACAAUACUUCAGAGAUGAGAACAGGAGUCUCCAGUCACAACUAAGAGAUACAGCUGAAGCUGUUGAAGCAGCAGGAGAGUUACUUGUUCGACUUAAAGAAGCUGAAGAAGGAUUGAAAAUUGCACAGAAACGGGCAAUGGCUGCAGAAUAUGAAGCAUCAGAAGCAUAUAAACAGAUAGAUAAAUUGAAGAGGAGACAUGAAACCGGGAUCAGCAGUCUUAACCAACAACACAUUGCAGAGUCACACAAUCCCAUAGAAUCUUCGCUAGCUUCUAUUAAUGGCGAUCAUAUGGCCAAAUAUGAUGAACAAGUGGAACCAUCAGCAAGUGCAGGUGAUCAGCAAUGGAGAGAAGAGUUCGAGCCAUUUUACAAGAAAGAUGCAGAGUUGUCAAAGCUCGCCGAGCCAUCUUGGUUCUCGGGGUAUGACCGAUGCAACAUAUAA